CGAUUGUAUUGAUACAGUAAAGCACAAGGCGUUUAAAAGGCGCAUAAAAGCUCGGCAUGUCAGAAAUACUUCGCAGCGCUAGGUUCCGUGUGGUUGGGUUCCAAGUGAGCCGAUCAGGAAAUUAGUUGGGAGAUAUAAGCUGCAAAGGUGAAAAGCUUAAAAUUCGUAGGUGGGAGAUUCGUUGUAAGUUCCUGCACCGACACUUUUCCCUCCGAGGCCCUUUUCCCAAUUAUGACGUGCAUUCCGUUGCCAGGCCCAUUCCGCUGUUUCGCCGCACGAUCAUAACAUAGGCUGAGCGCAUGGACCAUAUUAGCAAACGCACUUUAUUACCCCGGUGGUUCUGGUGUGCAGCUGGUGCUGCUGUGGUGACGCUUGGGUUGUACGCGACUACCUGGCGCCCUGGCGCUGCCAGGCCGGACUCUCUCCCUCGUGAUCACCCAACACCUAGCUCGUCGCUCAUUGCCGCCCUGGACGCCGAAACUCGCGUCACCACCAACAGCUUCUGGCAACUGGACCCAUCGGGCGAUUCCUCGCCUUCUGAGCAACACCGCAAGUAACAUUUUCAUCAGAUCUAACAUUCGGCAGAUCUCCCUCAUCAGGAGCACUUCGGCAGCGUCGUCCUCGUCACUUGCGAAAAGCCAGCUAACUGCAACCAUGGACGCAACAUCAUCGCGGUACUGCUACCCAGCGCUGCGCAUUUUCCAGGAUGGUGCUCAAGCAAUAGUUCAGCCCGUCACGGAUGAAAAGAAUGUGGAGACGCUGCACGUCGACUUGUCGAGCGGCAAGACGAACUUGUCAGAAGCGAAGGAUGUCAUCCGCGCCGGCACAGCCGUGGACUCCUUGGGCCUCCUGGGCAUCUGCAGACUCCAGAAAGGCGUGGCGCUCCUCGCCGUCACGGAGGCUCGCAAGGUGGCGGAGAUGGCUCCAGGCGGCGCGGCGGUGUACGAGCUGGUCUCAGCGGUUGUGGUUUCGGAGCCGGGAGCGGAGCGGGCCAGCAGGGAGAACCGCCAGCUGCUGGCGCUGCUGAGGGAUGCAGUGGACCCCGCCCGCGCCGGUCGCGGCAUAUACUUCUCCCACCUGUACGACAUAACGCUCUCAGCGCAGCGUAUUGCCGACCGGGACGCCGACCCACGGGUCGCCGACGCGCCACUGGCCUCCGCGGCUCGCACCGACCCGCGGUUCUGGUACAACCGUGCACUGGCUGCCCCGCUGCUGGAGGCUGGGGCGCACCGCUUCACCCCUCCUGCCAUCCUGGGUUUCGUGCGCCAGCUGCCCAACCUCUCCUUCGCGCACCCCGCCGGCCGCUACACCGGUGGCACCACCCCCGCCUCCGCCUCCGCCUCCGCUGCCUCCAAGAGCGCCACCCUGACGCUCAUUGCGCGGCGCGGGGUGGACCGAGUGGGCACCCGGCAGUGGCGCCGGGGCUGCGACAGCGCGGGCCACGUGGCCAACUUUGUGGAGACGGAGGAGGUGGUGAGCACCCCGGGGGGUGAGCUGGCCUCCUAUGUGGAGGUGCGCGGAUCCAUUCCGCUGCUGUGGACGCAGCUCCCCAACAUCAAGUACAAGCCCACCACCGUCAUCGCCGCCCCCGGGCAGUCCGCCCACGUGUUCGACGCGCACAUGGGCGCCCUGAAGGCCGCGUACGGGGAGGUGCUGGCUGUGAACCUGAUUAACCACAAGGGCACGGAGGGCAAAUUGGAGGUCGCAUUCCGCACGGAGGCCACCCGCCACCUCUCCACCACCCCCGCCACCACCCCCUCCCCCUCCCCGCCCUCCCCCUCCCCGCCCGCCACCUCCUUCCGCUACCUGGCAUUCGACUUCCACCACGAGUGCAGCGGCGGGCGCUACCACCGCAUCAGCCUGCUGUGGGACAAGGUCCGGGAUGACUUUGUUCGUCAUGGCUUCUUCCUGCGGCGGGCGGGAGGGCAGGUGGAGAAGCGGCAGGUUGGCGUGGUGCGCACCAACUGCAUCGACUGCCUGGACCGCACCAACGUGCUGCAGGGGGUGCUGGGGCGCAAGGCCUUUGAGAUGAUGCUGGAAGCCCUGGGGCUCAUGCCACCAUCCACCUCUCCCUCCGCUGCUGCUGCUGCAUCCGCUGCCGCCUCCCACCAUCACCCCCACCACUCCCACUCCCCCGCCGGCCUGCCCGAGAGCUUCCCCGAGGUGGAGCGGCAGUUCAAAAUUCUUUGGGCGGAUCACGGGGACGCGGUGUCAUCACAGUAUGCAGGCACGGGUGCCAUGAAGAGCGGCUUUACACGCACCGGCAAGCGCACCUUUGGCGGCGUGAUCGACGACGGCGUGAAGGCGUGCGUGCGCUACUAUGUGAACAACUUCACGGACGGAUGGAAGCAGGACGCCAUGGAUCUGGUGACGGGCGCAUUCUCCGUGUCCCCCGGCGCCCCCCUGCCGCUCAAGCCGCAGCCCUCCCCGCUCAUUCCCAUCGCCAUUGCGCUGGCAGCCAUCGUGUACGGAGCGCACCAGGCGGGGCACGCACUGGCCGGGGACCUGGUGACACCAACCGUCGCCAUCACGUCAGCCGCCGCCGGGGACCCCGCAACCGCCGCUGACGUGGUCAACAGCUCCGCCGGUACGACAGUCACUGGCAGCGGAGGCGAGGUGUACGACAGCAGCAGCCGGGGUCGCCUCGUGGGUGCCGUACUUUCCCAGGUGGUUCUGCCGCUGGUGCUGGGUCUGGGUCUGCUGGGGUUCGUGGUGACCCACGGGUCACACCUGGUCAACCAGCCGCAGCUGUGCCCGCACCUGGCGGUGACGGUGACGGCGGCGAAGCUGCACGGGGCCAAGAAGAAGCAGCAGUAGGAGGUUUGGGCUGGUGUGAGUGUGGUUGUGGGUGUACGAUGGGGGUUGGCGCUCAUCGUUGUGGUCACCCGUUAUCAAGGCGCAAGAAGGGCCGCUGUCAGGCCCCAACACUGCUUUGGGCCGGCGGCGGUUGGCACGAACCCACUCAUGCACACCACACCGCAUCAGGACGCAGGCGCACACAAAACAUUGCAGGAGAAGGAAGGCAUGUGUGGGGAAGACUGCGUGCUUGCAUGCGGAGAGGCGGAUAGUCGGAUGGAUGCAGCGGACGGAUGGAAGAUGAAAUGGACACCUCUCUUAAAUGCCGCCAGGCCAAGCCAAGCCAGGGCAUUAGGGCACCAGGAGGACCUGGUACACAAUCAGUUGGGCUGCGAGACAUGUGGUCGACCUCCGAGCAUGAAGAUAACGAAGGAUUGUGG